CACAGCCGUGACGUCACUCGUGCGUGUGAAGGCGCUGGUGUCGAUCACGUAGCCGGCUCAUUAAACUCAUUACUUCCUUCACAUGUGCAGAGUGAAGCUCAGAAAACUGAAAGAAGUCUCCGGGAAGUGUCUUUACCGGCGUUUUUAAACAGCGACAGUCUCCUUAAACCAGGUGAGAACCAGUCAGCAUGUCUACCUACGAGGAUAAUGAGUCUAAGUUUAUGCGAAAAGCGAAGGAGAAUCCAUUUGUCCCAGUGGGGAUGGCUGGAUUCUUUGCCAUCGUUGGCUACAGACUGAUGAAAAUGAAAAGCAGAGGAGACACAAAGAUGUCAGUGCACCUGAUCCACAUGCGUGUGGCUGCCCAGGGCUUCGUGGUCGGAGCCAUGACGCUCGGGGUCAUCUAUUCAAUGUACAAAGAGUACAUUGUAAAGCCCAGAGAAGAACAGAAAAAAGUGCAAAACAAGUGAACAUGGACUCUCGCACUGAUAGUUUAUGUCCCUAAAUAUACCUCACAUUAAGGUGUGCACCAGGAUUUAUUUCACAGAUGUGUCAUAACUUUUGUAUGUACACAUCCCUUCAAUAGCUCCCAUCACUGUCAGCAGCUGUCGGUCAUUGAUUACGCUUCCUGUCCUCUACAUGGUACACCGGAGGAUCGAGCUGCCACGUCUGUAUAUACAAGGAGGUGUACUGAUCUCGGCUGUUUUAAUAUCUGCAACACUCUUUGUGUAUGCGUUGUAAACCCAGCUGGUGGGAUAUCUGCGUGGACAGGUGUCUUUACUGAUUAUUCUUAUUUUGAAUAGUGUGUGAGUGAAAUAUCAAAAAAAAAAAAAAGAAAUGACAGUAUGUAAUUUGAUGAUCAUAUAUCUGACCAGGCUAAGCCUGGAUUGAAAAAUAACCGCCACCAGGAGUUCUAUUUAUUUGAUAUUAUUUUGAUGUCUCAUAUGAGCGAUUUUAUUUUAUGUACUACUGUAGGAAUUUUUGCCAAAUUAAAAACAUUUGCACAUUAUCCCAUUCCUUGUGAAAUGGGCAUCCCAGUGCAUUUGGAAAAUGCUGAAGAAUGCUUUGACAAAACUUGGCUCACUUACAGACGGAGCCUGAGCGCUCACAUUACUUAACCAAUUACAACACAGGUGGUUUAUGACUUCAGGCAGCAUCAUAUUAUCUCACACAACACGUUUAUAAAGACACACACACAUAUAUAUAUAUAUUUUGGAACCGUGAAGGUCUACUGCAAGAAUAACGUGGCUGGUUUUAUUCAUAGCCUUUAUACAAUUUGAUUGUAAUGGCCAAGUAGUUUCUUUCAUUUCUUUCAAUAUUUAAUAUUUUUGUAAUGAUCUUGUGCUACUCCAGGGUCCAAUGUUCAUGAGACGUGAGCUUAACAAACUGAGACGCACCUACAAACAAUAGCCUAUAAACUGUCAUAUAACCUACCUUGUGAUACGAUUGAAUAGAUGCCUUGUUAAGUUGUGAGCAAAGCUGAGUUUUGAUGGUUGUGUGCAACACAUAACAUUCUAUUCCUCAAAGUUUGUUUCCUCUGCAAAUAAAAAUGACCAGUCAAGUAAUUCUGAAAAA